GAGCAAGAUUAAAUGAAAAUUUUUACUUUAUAAUAAUAGUAAUAAUUUAAUAAACUAAAACUGACCAAAAAGUAGGGAUUGCGAUAGCGGUACUAUAUUAUAGCAUACAGCCACUUUUAAAAUUACGCAAAAAUAUGACCCAUACACGCUGUUUUUUGUAGACUGCCAAAAACAUUAAUUGGCCGUUGGCUACCGAAAAGCGUGAGAGUUAAUGUAACUUGUUUUGUAGCCUAGUAUGUCAUGACGUCGCUUAUUGUAUCACGACUCACAACUUCGGCCUUUUGAGCCUGAGCUGACGGUCUGUCGCGGUCGGCACGAACAAGUAUUUUCAUACAAAUUCAGUUUUCGACAUUCUACUGUAGUCAGUGAAAGUACUCCGUACAUACACUACUGUUAUUGGCGUCUUGUCUAAGCCCCCUGAGCGCAAAUAGGUAUCUAUGGAAUUAUUCCAUAUUUCUGUUUUCUAUACUCUUGCAUUUGUUGAAUGUUGGCUGUUACCAUAAUUUAUUUUUAUGGUAAAUAUGCAACUGCAAGGCAGCGAAAAAAAUAGUAAAUACCGGUAAUUAAUACAUAUUCAUCAUUCAACAAUAUAGCUAAUAUAUCUUUUAAUAAUUAGCACAAAUAUUUAAUAAAAUUUAAGGUACUUACUCUAAUAAUAAAUAAUAACCUCGUUAAGGAUUAUUAACAAAUUAAAUGAACGUUGUAUGCAUUUUUAUUAAUAUUUAACGUAUUGUUUCUCAAAUAGAAUUUCAACAUUGUAUUUUGGAAAAUACUAAACAUGGACAAAAAAACCAUGACGUGCUUUUUCAUAGAAUUUUUACUUUUACUUACUAUGGCAAGUGCUAAAAAUGACCGAAAUCAAGUUCGACCUCAAAAACUUAACGAUUGUCGCCGAUGUCAGGUUUUUAGCGACUCCUUUAUAAAAUGGUUUGGGAAAACAUCUCGUGGUAAAUUUGAUGGUGGAGAUGUAGCUUGGGAAGAAACAAAACUUAAGUCUUAUGCUCAGAGUGAGAUAAGAUUGGUAGAAAUUCAGGAAAACCUUUGUUCAGAAUUAAGUAGACAUAUGGAUGAAUGUUAUUCAGUUGCUGAAGAAGCAGAAUAUUUAGUGGAGAAAUGGUGGUCAGAAGGAAAUUUUAAAAUAUCAGAAUUUUAUUCUUGGCUCUGUUUGGAAAACCUAAAGUAUUGUUGUCUUAAGCAUCAUUAUGGUGCAGAUUGUACCCCAUGUCCUUUAGAUAAAAAUGGAAAUAUCUGUAACAAUAAAGGUACUUGUCAUGGUGAUGAGACUCGCAAAGGUAAUGGAACUUGUAUCUGUGAUGCAGGUUAUACUGGUCAAUUUUGUAAUCAAUGUGCUAGUAAUUAUUAUAGUAAUAAGGAAACUGAAUGUAUGCCCUGCCAUAAAGCAUGCCAGGAAUGUUUUAGUUAUGGUAGUAAUAAGUGUAAAGUAUGUGCUGUUGGUUGGGAACUAAUAACUGAUAGUUGUACUGAUAUUAAUGAAUGCCAGUUAGGUACUGUGUGUAAAAAUAACCAAUAUUGUAUCAAUAAUGAAGGUUCAUUUUCUUGUAAAUAUUGUGAUGCAUCUUGUUUAACUUGUAUUGGUUCUGGUUCCUAUAACUGCACAGCUUGUAGGGCUAAUGAGGAACUGUGGUCUGGUAAAUGUAUAGAUAAAAAAAUGGUUAAUAAUCUCUUAUUAAAUGCAGAUAAAAGAUUAUUUAUGUAUAGUUCUUUAAAUAUUGUCAUGUAUUUAUUUUACAGAAGAACAAAAACUUUAGCAAUUGGUAUAGGUGUUUUAGCUUCAUUUUUAAUAUUUAAACUAGAGACAGCGUCAGAUGUCACUGUUAAGGAUUCCAUCACAAACCAUAUUGCAACAUGGCUUUGAUUUAAAACUUAUUCAAGCUUAGAAAAUAAGUCAAAAGCAUAUAAAAGGUGUAUU